AUCAAGCCCCUGACGUCACUGUCUCUCGCUCAGCCUCACACCCAGGUUGCUUCACACUCUGCGCGUCCACCACCGAUAACCGCCACUCGUCGUCGCCCCUGCCGGUUGCCUCCUUUCACGCCGCCGCACGCUGCCACCGAAUGUCAGCCACCGCUGGUAAUUUUUCCUCACUCUCUCUAACACCUCCCGUACAGUGCUGCACGCCGCCGCGUCUGGCCGCCGUCGCCGGAAUUGGAAUUUUGGGUUUGUCGUCUUCAUCAAGCACUGGCGGCGGUUCCUCCAUGUUCCGAUCUUCGAACUCGGUGGCUUCUGCAACUUCCAAAGCUUUGUAAUUCGCAUUAUGGUUGAAGAAGAAUGGAAGUCCCUUUUCCCAAUUGGUACCGUUUUCAAGUCUCCCCUCUUACUCUCUGGGUCUUCUUCUUCUGUGAAAAAUUCAAUUGGCCCACUCGUCUUCAACCCUGUUCCAACUUCUCUCACCCGCCUCUUUUCAACGCCUUCUUUAUUGCCCUCUCUUUCUCCUCCUUCAAUUCUCAAUCUCCGUAGAUUUCUUCUCACUUCUUCCCCCGUCGUUCCCUCUACUUCUUCCUCCGUUGCUUCGCUCUUUGGCGAGCAGCAAUCUUGCGGUGAUGCGGCUUCCACUCUCCGUCACAAUCGCCUCCAAUUCCUCCCAUGUCCCAAUUCCAGCAGUGUCGUUGUGUUUUUUCCCACUGGCCCCAAUUCUGACCAUGUUGGGUUCUUGGUGGUUUCCGGAAAUGCUUCGGGUUUGGACGUUCAAUCUGAUUAUGAUAAUGAUGUUUUUAGUGUUGAAACUGAACUGAAUUAUCAGAUUUUUGGGAUUGCUGUGAACCCUGCUUUGGGUUUGGGUUUUGAUGGUGAUUCUUCUGUAGGUAUUGGGUUUUUGUUGGCUUAUACUAUGUAUUCUGUUGAAUGGUUUGUUGUGGAAAAUCAUGCAAUUGAUUCAAGUCAUCGCCCAAGGGUCAGUUUGGUUAAUAUGGGUAGCAAGGUUUUUAAGACUUGUUCUGUUGUUCACGCGUGUUGGAAUCCUCAUUUGUUUGAAGAAAGUGUGGUUUUAUUGGAAGAUGGUAGCUUGUUCUUGUUUGACAUGGAGCCUCUAUUGAAGGCUAAAAAUUUCAAUGCGAAUGCUAAUUUGAAAGGAAUUAGGUUGAAAGUGUCAUGGGAUGGUUUAGAUUGCUCGAAAAAAGUGAAGUGGUUGAGUUGUGAGUUUAGUUGGCAUCCGAGAAUCUUAAUUGUUGCACGUUCUGAUGCUAUUUUCUUGGUUGAUUUAAGAGAGGAUGAAUGUAGUAUUUCUUGCUUAUUGAAGAUAGAGACGUUCUCAUCAUAUUCUUUGGCUGAAAAGGGACAAUUCCUUGCAUUUUCUAAAGCAGGUUCUGAUGGUUUCUAUUUCUGCAUUGCUUCAAGUCAUCUGUUACUUCUUUGCGACAUACGAAAACCGAUGUCACCGGUGUUGCAAUGGACUCAUAGUCUCGAUGACCCAAGCUAUGUGAAUGUUUUUAGCUUGUCUGAGUUAAGGUCUAGUCCGGGCAAUAGUAUGUAUAAAUUAGCUUCUGAGUCAGGCUAUUGCAUCGUACUGGGAUCCUUUUGGAGUUGUGAGUUUAACAUAUUUUGCUAUGGACCUUCUCCACCAGCUCUUGAUCAAUCUGUUUCUUCAAGAAGUUCAAAAUAUUUCCAGUCUCUUUAUGCGUGGGAGCGUCCUUCGAAUUUCAUAUUAUCUGGCCGAGAGUGUCCAUGCAGUAGUUGCCUUCUGAGACAAGAAUCUUUGAAGGAUGCAAUUCCUGAAUGGGUAGAGUGGCAACAAAAGAAGGAAAUAGUAUUGGGCUUCAGCAUCUUGGAUAAUAAUCUCUCUCUACCAUUUACAGGACAAAAUGAAUAUGGUAGUUUUACACUUAUAAGGCUUAUGUCAUCUGGGGUGCUUGAAGCACAGACUUAUCAAGCCUCCUGGAACUCAUUGAAGCAGAUAGAUGAAGUUCAUAAAAAAUCAUUGAGUCUUGAUGAUUAUUUGCUAUAUGGGCAAUUGGUUGAUGAUAAAUAUAGAUUUAGCAGAAGAUAUACAUACUUCAAUUUUGACUACCUCAUGGGAUAUUUAAAUGAUAACUUAGACAAAGUUUUGGAUUCUUUCAUGAGGAAGUAUAGCAAGGAUUCUUUAUGUGAGCGAUCUUUGACUCUCGAAGUUCAUGAAGUUUUGUGUGAGAAGUUAAAAGCUUGUGGAUUUGAUCGUUUGAGGUCGACUCCAGCACUUGCUGUUGUGUUCAAUGACAUUACUUUGCCUUCAAGUAUACAGGAGAUCGCUUUCAAGAAAUUAUGGGCAAGCUUACCCAUGGAACUUUUGCAUUUUGCCUUCUCUAGUUAUUCUGAAUUCCUUGAGAACAAGAAUGCAGUAUCCCUUGAAUUUUUAAGUGUUCCUAGCCUAAAUCAGUUGCCUCCUUUUAUGUUAAGGGACUCAUCAAGCCGCAGUAAUAAGUGGUCGCAUAAGGUGCGGCGAACUGAAAAUAUUGUAGGUCCAGUACUUCCUCUUCCCAUUUUGCUCAUACUUCACGAGUUUCGAAAUGGAUGUUCAAAGUUGGAAGAAGAAGAGGCUGGAAAAUUUUCAUUAGAAGCAGAAUUUCGUGAGCAAUAUGAUGAAAUUAGGUCUGCAGCUGGUGAGAUGGCUGCGUCACCUUUUGACCCAAAGGUUGAUGAUGGUCCUGCUGUCUCUCUUGCCGAUGAUCAAGAGUAUGUUUCUGCUGAGUCUCAGAAGCCAAAAAAUUUUGUUUCAUAUCAUCCAUUUGCCUUCAAUUCCCAUACUUUAGAUAACACACAAGGAAACUCGACCAAUCAUGCCGAUGUAUUUGAUUCAUUAAUAUUCAAAUUAAAAGGGGGAAAGGAUGCAUCCAGUGAGAAGUCUGAGAAUAAUGCUAGUGGAGAACUCUACAAUGAUCUUUGCCCUGUUGAGUUGGAAUUCAAUGCUCCCUUGGUUAACUUCGGGCCAAAAGAAUUGAAGGCAUAUGGUUUACUGAAAAGGCAACUGUUGAAAUGGGAAGAUGGGUUUGAUGCAUAUAAGGAAUUUCGUUCUAAGAUUUGAUGUCCAUCAGUUUGCUUUGAAUUUCUAAAGCUUCAUUUCUAAACCCUGAUAAGUUAUUGUGAGAACAAAUAACACAACAGGUAUAUGAUGAAAACAUGCUUUCCAAAAGUGGUCAAGAGGACCAAGAAAGUGUGGAACUGCCUCAACGACAACUGACUCGAGAGUUGUAGAAAAGGGUAUAACUCGGCAUAUAAAAGGAAGGAAAUUAUGAACACAUUUGGGAUCUGAGAAAGAACCAAAUUAAGAUACACAUUUCCUUCAAGUUUUUGGAGUGAAGACGGCGUAGAAAUUGAAUUCACUGUGAACACAUUUUUCCCGAAAUGGCAGUCGAGAAGGCUCCAUUGCCAAGCCAGAGCUUCUUCCUCUCCCAUUUACCCGAAAUUCGGAAAGAAACUCUCAACUUCAGAAACAUCUUCAGGUCCAAAGGAGGAAGACUGACAAUCUGAAGGCUACUUUAGCCAAUUCAGCCUAUUUAUUAUUUAUCCCUCUUCAAAAUUCCACCUGAAGUUGCUGAGAACAUGUUGAAAUUUUUUGUGGUCUGGUUAUAGAGGCAGCAAUUUAUCCAACCCCUUGAGAUGGGACAACCUUAAGAAGAAACCGUUCGAAGAUGGGCAUCAAGCAGCAAAACAAGGUCCUCCUUGCAAAAUGGAUUUGGCAUUUUAGAAUGCUACUACAGGGAGAACUCUAAUUAAAUCCAAGUUUGGUUCUUGCCAUUUUGAUUUAAUGGCCCCUAUUUUUCGUCACUCUUCAUCAAGAAGUCAUUGGAAUCAUAUUUUGAAACAUAAAGAUCUAGUUUAUGAUGAUGAUUUACAUUGCAACAUCGGCAAUGGUUGUGCUACUGCCUUUUGGUUUUGGCUUGACUUAUGGAUUGGUGAUGUUGCCCUUAAAAACUGGAAUUUCCCAAGCUAUUUCAUUUUUCUGGUUCUAAGGAGACUUCUGUGGUUGAGGUAUGGAACUCAGAAUACUGCUUAUAGUCUUUAAAUUUCAGAACACACUUCAAAGAGGAAGAGAGAUUUUAGAGUGGGCUGUUUUACUCAUUUUAUCCCCAAUAUUGAAUUGACAGUCUUUCCUGGCUUCGAUUAUUGAUCAUUGACCUAUCUUUCAAAGCUACUAAAGAACACUUAUGGAAUUGCAUUAUUUUGGCUGUUUUGUGGAAGAUAUGGAAAGAAAGAAACGCUCGAAUCUUCCUGGAAAAUUACAAGACAUCAAAGGACAUACUGGAUUCUGCCAUGUUUUAUGCUUUACUUUGGUGUAAAGAUAUACUGGCUUUGAAAAACCAUAGUUUUUCUCUUCUUACAGCUAAUUGGAAACAUCUUUUGUAUACCAUUUGAUUGGGUUCCUUCUGUACUGUGGAUAUCUUCAAAUCUUUUGUUCUAUCUAUGAAAUUCUCUUAUACAAAGAAAGAACUGACCGGCAGCAUUGAUUCUUGGACAUGGCUGCUUGACAAAAAUGGUUUCUCUACUAAAUCUUUAUACAUGUGCAUCAUUCCUAGGGGAUCUUUAAUUACAGAGGAGUUAUACAAGAAGAUUUGGAGGGGCCUUGUCCUAAAUGGAUUGAAUUCUUAUUGUAGGAAAUCACCAACUCUUGAUACCAUCGUUUACUGAAGCGAUGCCCUUGGCUUAAUAUUUCUCCUUCAUGGUGUUGCCUAUGCCAAUCCAACAAUGAAUCCAUCCUCUACUUGUUUUUCAAUUACCCCUUCACUUAUGAGAUUUGGUCGGAGCUUUUUAAAGCAUUCGAUUGGGCUGAGGUUCCCCCAAAUGACUCAUUGAUCUACCUUUCAAAGCUACUAAGGAUUUACAUUAUUUAUGUAGUUUUGUGAAAGAUUUGGGAUGAAAGUAAUGCUAAUAUUUUUGGGAGAGAUACAGGUUUUUGAAGGAUAUCAAUUGACUUUGUUAUCUUUAUUAAUUUAUUUUUGGUAAAGAUAUUUUGGCUAUGAAAAGUUACCGUUGAAACUUGGGAACAUCGUUUCUA